AUGCUUCGCACCUUUACGGAGUGGAGUAUUCUAAGGAGUAAUACUCAGCUCGGGGCUUUCAGCUGCCCAGUACGAAGACAUUACCAUUUAAUUUCUGGUAAAAGCAUCGCGAAAACCAUUAGAGACAAUGCUCUGAGAGAGGUGAAAGAGAUUAGGCAGCAAGUUCCAGAUUUUAAUCCAAAACUGAAGAUCUUGCAGGUUGGCUCCCGCCCUGAUUCAUCUGCAUAUGUCCGGAUGAAGUUGAAAGCAUCCACCGAGUCUGGUGUAGAAUGUGACGUUGAAAAGCUUCCAGAAGAUAUUACGCAACUCGAACUACUCAGAAAGAUCGAGAAAAUCAACUCUGACGCCGAAGUGCAUGGGAUUCUGAUUCAGCUGCCACUGCCAAAGCAUCUAGAUGAAGUGACAGUUACCAAUGCUGUGGACCAUGAAAAGGACGUUGAUGGGUUCCAUCGCUAUAAUGUUGGUGAGCUCGCUAAACGUGGCGGGAAACCAUACUUCCUGCCAUGUACACCUAAUGCGUGUAUACAGCUUUUGAAAGAGUGCGGUGUUGAGAUAAGAGGGAAACAGGCAGUCGUAAUUGGCCGCUCUGACAUCGUGGGGACCCCAGUUGCAACGAUGCUCAAAAAUCUUGAUGCCACGGUGACUGUUGCGCACAGACAUACGACAAAUCUUCCACAAGUCCUCUCCACUGCGGAUAUUGUAGUUGCUGCGUGUGGCGUGCCUAACUACAUAAAGGGCGAAUGGUUAAAAGAUGGCGCCGUGGUUAUUGACGUUGGCAUCAAUUAUGUUCAGGAUUCCACCAAAAAAUCAGGCCAAAGAUUAGUCGGUGAUGUGGACUUCGAAUCGGCAAAGGAGAAGGCUUCUCACAUCACGCCUGUACCUGGCGGCGUGGGUCCUAUGACCGUGGCCAUGCUGGUGCAAAAUGUCUUGACUGCAGCAAAAAGAUCGUUGCAGAAGGACGCAGAGGUGCCAGUGAUCACACCACUGCCUGUGAAUUUUGAGAUGCCUGUGCCAUCGGAUAUCGAUAUAUCAAGGAAACAGAAUCCGAAACAUAUUUCUCAGGUGGCAGCCGAGUUGGGUAUUAGGGAUCACGAGCUGGAGUUGUUUGGGCAUUAUAAAGCCAAGAUUUCUCCAAAACUCCUCCAAAGAUUGCAUGCUAACCAAAAUGCAAACUAUGUCUUAGUUGCUGGGAUUACACCGACCCCUCUAGGAGAGGGAAAGUCGACCACCACUAUGGGGCUAGUCCAAGCGCUUUCCGCUCACCUAGGCAAACGGGCUAUUGCAAACGUUCGUCAACCUUCAAUGGGACCCACGUUUGGAGUCAAGGGAGGCGCGGCAGGCGGGGGUUACGCCCAGGUCAUUCCAAUGGAUGAGUUCAACUUGCAUUUGACAGGCGACAUCCACGCCAUUUCAGCCGCCAACAAUCUGCUAGCCGCAGCCAUAGAUACAAGGAUGUUUCACGAACACACGCAAAAGAACGAUGCUACUUUUUAUAACAGAUUGGUGCCCAAGAAGGGCGGCUCGCGGAAGUUCACGAAAUCAAUGCUGAAGAGGCUCCAGAAGCUGGGAAUUAACAAAACAGACCCAGACAGUUUGUCUCCAAAAGAAAUCAAACGAUUUGCACGCCUAAACAUAGACACGGAUACCAUCACUAUCAAACGGGUGGUUGAUGUCAACGAUAGACUUCUACGGCAGAUUACGAUCGGCCAAGCUCAUACUGAGAAGGGUUUUACCAGAACCACCGGGUUUGAUAUCACUGUUGCAUCUGAAUUGAUGGCCAUUUUGGCACUUUCUAAGGACUUCGCUGAUAUGAGAGAACGUGUAGGUCGCAUGGUUGUCGCUGCGAAUCUAGACGGCGAGCCGAUUACAGCAGAAGAUGUAGGCUGUGCUGGAGCUGUUGCUGCCCUUCUGAAGGACGCUAUCAAGCCAACACUAAUGCAGUCUUUGGAAGGCACCCCUGUUUUAGUCCAUGCAGGGCCGUUCGCCAACAUCUCUAUCGGAGCCUCCUCAGUAAUUGCUGACAGAAUUGCCCUGAAGUUGGUGGGCACUUCUCCACAUUCUCCGGAAGGCACCGACGCCGGCUAUGUGGUUACCGAGGCCGGAUUCGACUUUACAAUGGGCGGAGAACGAUUCCUGAACAUAAAGUGCCGCUCCUCAGGCUUGAAGCCAAAUACUAUCGUCAUCGUGGCCACUGUCCGUGCCCUGAAGCUGCACGGCGGUGGCCCUGAGGUAAAGCCGGGCCAGCCACUUACUCCCCACUAUACUGAGGAAAACCUCGAGCUAGUCACAAGAGGUGCGGCCAACCUGCAGAAGCAAAUAAGAAAUGCCAAGCUUUUCGGGGUCCCUGUCGUAGUCGCUGUGAACAGGUUUGAGUCAGACACUGACGCAGAAAUUGAGAUUAUUCAGAAGGCGGCGAAGGAGGCUGGUGCACAUGACGCCAUCGCUGCAAAUCACUGGGCCGAAGGCGGAAAAGGAGCAGUCACGCUGGCCGAAGCCGUCAUCAACUCAUGCAAACAACCCAGUUCUUUUAAGUUCCUUUAUGACGUCGAUCAACCUGUGACAGAAAAGCUCUCCACCAUUGUUCGGAAAAUGUAUGGCGGUUCCGCGAUAGAUCUCUCUCCUACGGCGCAAAAGAAGAUUGCCUUGUACACGGCCCAAGGUUUUGAUAAACUACCUAUCUGUAUCGCGAAAACUCAGUACUCCCUGUCCCAUGAUGCCACUUUGAAGAACGUCCCCUCCGAUUUUGUGUUCCCCAUAAGGGAUAUCAGGGCUUCCAUUGGAGCGGGCUACCUGUACGCGCUAGCGGCAGAGAUUCAAACUAUCCCCGGUCUCUCCACUAACGCAGGCUACAUGAAUGUUGAAGUCAGUGAUGACGGCGAGAUUGAAGGUCUUUUCUAG